AUGGAGCGGCAGCAGAUGGAUCUUACUAUAACGUUGAGCGCGAAUAACACGAGUAUUACUUGUGUCAAGGAUCUACUGCCCUUCCUGUUGCGCGUACCAGUCACCUACGUGCACGCAUCGAAACAUGCCAAGCUCGAGGGAUUCAUCACCGACGGCGGCUACGUCUGCGCCUGCCCUGCCUCCGCCGGCUGCGGCUACCACGGCAAGGUGCUGUCGGCGCUGCAAUUCGAGAAGCACGCGGGGGCCGAGUCGAAUAACCAGAACGGUCACAUCCUCCUGCCCAACGGCAAGUCGCUCUACCAGCUUUUCCAUGACCUCAGGCACGUGCCCGCCGAGGCGUUGGCGGCGAAGUUCCUGGAGUUUGCCGGGGUACCCAUGACUGUGCCCGCCGCCGGAGCCUCGCCCGCGAGAUGGGAACCCAACGGUGUUCAGGUUGACGGCGUGACGGCGGAGCCCCCUUGGGCGCCUGCGCCAGCAGCAUUGGGAGACGUGGAGAUGCUGACCGAGGACGAGCAGGAGAAGGCCAGACUGUUUCUGCUUGAUUUGAAUUUGAGUUCAUGGGGGUCGGCUGCGGAGGAUAUGGCUUACAGUUUGGGAGACUACUCGAAUGAAUCUGCCAGCGAUAAUAGCAUCUCAAACUUUAAUUGGGGUGCAUCCAAAAGUCGGUCUGUGAGACAGUUUAGACCACAAGGAGGCACUGAGACUUCGACUACAACCUUCAGUGGAAGCCCAGACAAAGGGAAUUCUGGCCUCUCUACUGGCACCUCAAAGAAGAAGAAAGGCAUUGAAGCAACACAGAACGCAGGAGGUCCUCUCAAUCUCAGCAUCAUGGAUGGUGUUAAGUCUGGUUCUCCUAUACCUACUGCAGUAACCCCUAACUACUCAAAACAUGAUUCCGCAGAUUUAGGGCUUAUUUCUUUAUCAAGUCCAGUAACAAGCGCUCAAGGGCCACCCCCAAACUGCAGCAUAGACUCAAAGUAUAAAGAAUUGAAAAUGAGGGAUACCACUUUGCAUCCACUGAUUUUCAAGGAGGGUGGCCUUCCAGAUAAUACUUUGUUGACUUACAAGUUGAAGAACGGAGAGGUUCGAAGGCAAGGGUAUAAGAAGGGAACUGUUAUCGUCUGCAAUUGUUGCAAUGAAGAGUAUACUCCUUCAGCCUUUGAAAAACAUGCUGGCAUGGGAGAAAGGCGACAACCGUAUCACAACAUUUAUACAUCAGAAGGAGUAACACUUCAUGAUAUAGCUCUGCAACUGCAUCGUUUGAAUUUGAAUUCAAAUGGAGUUGGCAAUGCUAGUGUUUCCAGCUUCAGUGACUACCCAAACCUUACUUCUUCAGGUUGUGGCAAAGAACCUUCUACUACCAGUGGACCUAUUGUUCCCCUGAAACGGACUUUACAAGAAAGAGUGGUCCAAACAGAGAGUUGCUAUUUCUGUGGGUAUGGCCACACAGAGUUUGGAAAAAUCGAUCCAAACACGAUUGUCUUCUGUAACCAGUGCGAGAGACCAUGCCAUGUGAAAUGUUACAAUAGUAGAGUUGUAAAAAAGAAGGUGCCUCUGGAAAUUCUGAAAGAAUUCGUAUGUUUUCGCUUCUUGUGCUGCCAAGAAUGUCAAUCACUUCGUGCCCGUCUAGAAGGUGUGGAAAAGUGUGAAGAGAUUGCCUUUCUUAGACGGAUAAGAUCCAAUAUUUGUUGGCGGCUUUUAAGUAGAGCGGACGCAAGUAGGGAUGUCAAACUCUACAUGUCUCAAGCCAUCCAUAUCUUCAAAGAUGCAUUUGUGGAAUCUACUGAUGCGCACAGUGACGUCUUCUCGGAUAUGGUUUAUGGUACGCAUGUUGUGUCUGCUGCGAUUCUGAAAGUGCGUGUGGAACAAGUUGCAGAACUGGUCCUUAUUGCUACUCGUAGCGAGUGCAGAAAAAAGGGCUACUUCAGACUUCUCCUAAAGUCAAUUGAGGCAAAUUUGAGAGCCUAUAAUGUAAGCCUUCUUACGGCGCCUGUUGACCCUGAAAUGGCGCAAAUCUGGUCAGAGAAGCUUGGGUUCACCAUUUUAUCAGCCGAAGAGAAGAAGUCAAUGCUGGAGUCGCACCCCUUGGUGAUGUUCAAGGACCUAGUCUUGGUGCAGAAACCACUUGCUUGA